GCGGCGGCGGCUGUGCUGGGGAUGCGUCGCGCCGGGCGGGCGGCAGCCGGGCCGGGCGGCUCCCUCGAGGGCUGCGGCUGAGGCGGGGUCCGCUGCGACGGGGAAGGCCUAGCGAGCGCCAUGGCGGAGGAGGCGCCGCCCGCGCCCGACGGACCCAGCGGAGCCCCCGCGCCCGCCGCCGCGCCCGCGCCCGCCCUGCCGGCGCUGGUGCCCGGGCUGCAAGGCGCGGAGGCGGGCGCGCUGCAGCACAAGAUCCGCGGCUCCAUCUGCAAAGCUGUACAAUCUAAAGUGGACUGCAUCUUGCAAGAAGUUGAGAAGUUUACAGAUGUACAGAAACUCUACCUCUACCUUCAGCUGCCUUCUGGCCCCAGCAAUGGCGAGAAAAGCGAUCAGCUUUCAGUGUCCUCCAGCCGCGCUCAACAGGUGCAUGCCCUUUCCUGGAUCCGGAACACCCUGGAGGAACACCCGGAGACCUCACUUCCGAAGCAGGAAGUGUAUGACGAGUACAAAAGCUACUGCGACAAUCUCGGCUACCACCCUCUCAGCGCCGCAGACUUUGGGAAGAUUAUGAAAAACGUGUUUCCCAAUAUGAAGGCUCGUCGCCUGGGCACGCGAGGCAAAUCUAAAUAUUGCUAUAGUGGACUUCGGAAGAAAGCGCUUGUGCAGAUGCCAUCGCUCCCUAAUCUGGAUUUCCAUAAAACUGGAGAUGGGCUGGAUGGGUCAGAGCCUCCUGGGCGCCUGCAGAGCGCAGAUGAAGAGAUUGUGUCGGCUGCUUGCCAGCUGGUCUGCGAGUGGGCUCAGAAGGUGCUCAGCCAGCCCUUCGAUUCUGUCCUGGACUUGGCCCGCUUUCUGGUCAAAAGCCACUACACGGGCACCAAAUCCAUGGCAGCUUUAGCUGUGAUGGCAGGCGCCCCUGCAGGACUCAAGGGGAUCCCCCAGCCAUCUGCUUUCGUUCCAACGGCGGAGAGCAACUCCUUCCAGCCCCAGGUGAAGACACUGCCGUCGCCCGUGGACGCCAAGCAGCAGCUGCAGCGCAAGAUCCAGAAGAAGCAGCAGGAGCAGAAGCUACAGUCUCCUUUGCCAGGCGAGUCCCCUGCCAAGAAGGCUGAGGGCACGGCAAGCAACGGGGUUGCCAGCCUUCCGAAUGGGAGCCCAGCCAUCCUGUCCCCUCAACCCAUUGGCAUCGUGGUGGCUGCCGUGCCAAGCCCCAUCACGGUGCCAAGGUCCCGGCAGUUGGUAACGUCUCCUAGUCCCAUCGGCUCAUCAGAUGGCAAAGUCCUCCCGCUCAACGUCCAGGUGGUCACUCAGCACAUGCAGUCCGUCAAGCAGUCACCAAAGACUCCCCAGAAUGUUCCGGCUAGUCCUGUGGGAGACCGUUCUGCUCGCCACCGCUAUCCCCAGAUACUGCCAAAGCCGGCCAACACCAGCGCGCUCACCAUACGUUCCCCGACAACAGUGCUCUUCACGAGCAGCCCAAUCAAGACGGUGGUUCCCACUCAGCAUGUGAACGUGGUCAAGAUGACCGCGAUAUCGCUCGCCCCGAGCAGCACCAGCAGCACGCCCAUCAAGCACGCAGCCUCGGCCCUUAGCUCAGGAGCUGCCGAGGAACCCAGGAGCAUUCCUCAGAUUAAGAACGGAUCCGUCAUUUCACUUCAGUCCCCAGGAACCAAACUAGCUCCCGCCCCGUCUUCAGUUGAGGUCAAACUGGAGCCAGAAUUGCUGCUGGAUGAGAGCCUACGGCAGAACCAGGACAAUUCGGACCCCACUAAAGCAGUCAGGGUCACCCUCCUAACGCCUGCGGGUCAGCCGAAGACUGUGGAAACAGAGCCCUGGAAAGGGCAGACGGGGGAACGUCUCGGAGCAGCAAGCUGUGACCCCCUGGGGGGAGGAGAGCCAGAAAGGAAAUCCCUUUCCCAGCCUCAUGAAUCCCUCCCAGAUCCCUCGGAGGCCACCCAGCACGUCUCCAGUGCCAGCGUCGCCACCUCACCCCCGGCAGGUGACCAAGCGUGCCCCAAGAUCCUGAGGAAGAGGCUGCCUUCUGCCUUUGCAGACUCCCAGGGCCCCCCUGUCAAGAAGCUUUCCGUGGGACAGGCGUCUGCAGAAGCCCCCAAGGCCGGCGGUGCUAAGAAAGCUCAGCAGAGGGGCGGGCUGCCUCUCCCUAAAAGUGAUGGCCCGGCUGCUCUUCUCCAGGUACCCGGCAAGGUGACAAUCCAAGUCCAUUCGGCAGCCUCGGGGAGCGGCCUGGUGACCUCCUGCCCUCUGAAUGCUGACCUUGUCAUUACCUCCAGUGACUCCCUGCUGGAGCAGCGGCCAGCGGCCUCGUCGGCAGGGGUUGAGAUGAAGUUGGAAGGAAACGUCUUUGUCCUGGAGAACAGCCCCAAGUCCAACAGCAGCUUUAACCCCAAUGUGUGGCAGCAGCUCACCAAGAGCUCCAGCUUUGGCCCUGAGACCCACAAGCCACAGCCACAGCUGGGUGUCACAGCACUUGCCGGGCCCUCCGACGCAGAGGACUUGCCCAAGUCCGCCUGGGAACCGGUGCGCUUCGAAGGGUUCCAGCAGGCAGGGGCGGCUGCAUUCAGCCAGCAGUUGCCAGACCAGGGCCAGCAGCCCUCCCUGGAGCAGCCCCUGCCAGGCCAGAGCUCCGGGCAGCUGCCCCUGCAGCAGGAGCUGAAGGAGUUUGAGGACGCUGCCGCCCAGCCCCACGAGACCUUCUUCUCCUUCGAUGAUGACCUGACCCAGGACAGCAUCGUGGAGGAGCUGGUGCUCAUGGAGGAGCAGAUGUCCAUGAACACGUCUCACCUGUACAGCACCUCCCUGGGCAUGGCUCUGCAGAACCAGGGGACAGCUCAGGUGGCCGCCCUGGCCCCUCACUCGAGCAGCACCCACUUCUACCACCCAAUCCACAGCAGUGGCACUCCUGUUCACACGCCCACACCUACCCCAACGCCCACCCCGACACCCACCCCCACCUCCGAAAUCAUGGCGGGGUCACAAGGUGUGUCGCGGGAGAGCCCGUGCUCCAGGAUGGCUCAGACGACGCCUGUUGACAGCGCACUGGGGAGCAGCCGGCAUACGCCUGUUGGCACACCACACUCCAACUGCAGCAGCAGCGUGCCCCCGAGCCCUGUGGAGUGCAGGAACCCAUUUGCCUUCACCCCAAUUAGCUCCAGCAUGGCCUACCACGAUGCCAGCGUCGUGUCAAGCAGCCCCGUGAAGCCCAUGCAGCGGCCAAUGGCUACCCACCCUGACAAGACCAAACUGGAGUGGAUGAACGCUGGGUACAGCAGCAUGGGAAGCUCCUCGGUCUCCAGCCAUGGGAUUCUGCCAGGCUACCAGGAGUCAGUGGAGGACCGUUUCAGGAAGCCUCACGCCUUUGCCGUUCCAGGCCAGUCCUACCAGUCUCAGUCGCGGCACCACGAUUCCCAUUUUGGGCGUGUGACCCCCGUCUCCCCUGUUGGCAGCAAGCAAGAAGGUUUUGCUGUCCCUGCUCCUCUUGAUAACAAAGGGACAGGUUCCUCUCACGGCGGCCAUUUCAGGUGCCGGAGCGUCAGUCCCGCCGUGCACCGCCAGCGCAAUCUUAGCGGAAGCACCGGCUGCCCCAUCGCUGCCGUGCUUCGCUCUGGACCGGCGGUGGCCUCUUUUGGGAGCCCCAUCGCUCCAGAAGUCCACGGCGCCCUGGCAAACAUCCACACAGACCCAAGUGCCAGCAAUCUCGCCCAGAGGAGCCAGUCAGUCCCCCUGACGGUCAUGAUGGAGACUGCCUUUCCACAGCCCCAGAAACAGACAAGCGCCAAGAAGAUCACCAACGUCUUGCUAAGCAAGCUGGACUCCGAGAAUGACGAUGCGGUGAGGGGCCUGGGGAUCAAUAACAUGCCCUCCAAUUACACCGCCAGGAUGAACCUGACCCAGAUUUUAGAGACUUCUGCCGCCUUUCCAAGUGCCAACGCCCAGAACAUGCUCCCAUCCAGCCCAUCAGUUUUUGAAUUCCAAACACCAGGUUACCUCGCCAAAAACAGCAGCCCCGGUCCGGUGGACUUUGCUUCUGGAGACCAGGCAGCGCAGUCGGAGGCCGGGGAGCAGCAGCAGCUGGACUUCAGCGGCACCGUGAAGGAGCUUCUGGAGGAGGGCAGCCUGCAGGUGGGCCCGGUGCCUGCUGACCUGAGCAGCGUGGCCUCGGUCUUCUCCAGUGACCUGCGGCUGGCUUCGGAGCUCUCAGGCAGCAUGAAUGACCUGAACACUCUGGACACGAACCUGCUCUUUGACCCAGCUCACCAGCAGAGCCAAGAGGACGAGGCCACCCUGGAAGAAUUGAAGAAUGACCCCUUGUUCCAGCAGAUCUGCAACGAGUCCAUCAGUUCUAUGACCUCAGCAGGUUUUGAUUGGAUGGAGAGUAAGGACCAUCCCGCUGUAGAAAUGCUGGGUUGAGAAAUACAUUUGUGUGUGUGUGUGUGUGUGUGUAUGUGUAUAUAUCUAUAUGUGUGUGUGUAUACACACACAUAUACCUUUGUGUGUGAGUGUAUAUAUAUGUAUAUGUGUAUGUGUGUGUAUAUAUGUGUAUAUACACACACACACACGUGUGUGUGUGUGUAUGUGUGUAUAAAAUCUAUGUAGCACACUGUAUUUAAAAAAAUCUAAAGACAAGACAUACUGUAUUUGUCUUAAUGGAAGUGCCUCCUGCAGCAGAAACAAAAUUUGUGAGAUUUUUUUUUAAAAAAAGAAUUGCUCUACCAGCUGCUUUAUUCUUCAGCAGGGUGUAUACAAUCUUAACCAAUUUUUAAGACAUUUCUGAAGGAUGCAGCCUGCUCCAGAGCCAGUAUUAGAUUUUAAAAUGUUGCUUACUGAAAACAAUUGCUUGCUGCCUCCAAAGGAUAAAGGAGUGUUUGGGGGAGGGUGUCGAGAGCGUAGGAAGCUCCCAGGACACCCGGAAGGGAGUGCUCCCCCGUCUUCCUUCCCAUCUGCUCUGCAGGGCGUUCCAUUUGGCAUUGGGAUUCCUGGCCUACCAGAUAGGCACCACUGAAAUCUGGAGGUUACCCAGCAGAUAGGGGGUGUGGGUGGAUUGCAUUAUGCUGUCCAAUUGCAGAGUGCCUCUGCACUCUGGGUUCAUAAAGAGCGUGGGCAUUUGCUGGCAUGCUUGGCACAUGAGAGAGAGUAAUCUUCCUGAUAACAAUACAAAUAGGCCCACAAAAUGAACAGAGAAAGGGAAUUAGGAGCCGGCGUUCAUCUACCUGUAUAGGUUGCUAGAUCGGUUGGGGGGGGGGUCCUCCAAUUUGCUGUUUCCCAAUGAUUGUGGACUUGGCAUCCCCUCCUCUUUUUGCUGCUGCCAGGGGAGUUGCCCUGGUGGUGUGGCCUUGCUGGCCAGUUGCCAGGGAAGGCCAGCAUGAUUAGGUGGAGGGGGAAAAUCAGCACAACAUCAGUACAAUAUUAAAUCAUUAUCAAGGGCUAAAAGAUGAGCAGGAGAGAGCUUUCACGAAAGGAGCAGCAGCACUAACCUUUCGUCCCAAAUGGGAAACUUACUCUUUGCCACAAGUUGGUUCCUAAGCUCGUAUUAAGAAAACAGCAGAAUGUUUCAAACAAAAACAAUUUAAUGCUGCUUUUAAUAUCAUUGAUUAGGGAAGACUAAUUCCAACCCUGCAAUUUAAUAAAUCUGUUCCUUUCCAUGGCAACUCUA